UCAUCUCACUUCAUUGAUGCAUGGCCUGUCCUUAAUUAAUUAAGUCAUGACACCAUUGCAGUACUUCCUCUUCAUCCUCUUCUUCUUCAGUCCUCUUCUCCGGCCACAUAUCUCUUCAUCUCGUUCACUCACUGAUGAGUCCUGCAGCUUGAUCACAUCCCCUGACACUGAUGGCAUAUGCUCAUCAAUGGUCACUCCUCACGGUUAUAAGUGUCAAGAGUUUGAGGUGAAAACAGAGGACGGAUACAUUCUGAGCAUGCAAAGGAUACCGGAGGGUCGAGUUGCAGGAGAUGGUGGAGCCAAUCGCCAACCUGUGCUCUUACAACAUGGAAUUCUCAUGGAUGGAAUGACAUGGCUAUUAAACUCACCUGAGGAGUCCCUUGCAUUUGUGUUAGCAGAUAGAGGGUUUGAUGUGUGGAUUGCUAACACUAGAGGAACUAAGUGGAGUCGCCAGCAUGUCACUCUAGACCCUUCAUCCCGGGCAUAUUGGAAUUGGUCCUGGGAUGAAUUGGUUAUGUAUGACCUCCCUGCUACCUUUGACUUUGUGUUCAGUCACACUGGCCAAAAGCUGGACUAUGUUGGUCAUUCUCUGGGAACUCUGAUAGCUCUUGCAUCUUUCUCUGAAUGGAAAUUAGUGGACAAACUAAAAUCAGCGGCACUAUUAUGCCCAGUAGCUUACUUAACUCACAUGACCACUCCAAUUGGAAUUCUUGCUGCCAGAGCUUUUGUCGGAGAAAUAACCAGUUGGCUUGGGAUGGCAGAGUUCAAUCCUAAAGGAGUUGCGGUGACAAAGUUUUUAAACGCUCUUUGCCAUAAUCCUGGAGUUGAUUGCUAUGAUCUCAUGACAUCUUUCACAGGACAUAAUUGUUGCCUCAAUGGAUCCACUGUUGAGCUCUUCCUCAAGUAUGAACCACAAUCAACUUCUACAAAGACAAUGGUACAUUUGGCACAAACUUUCAGGGAUGGUGUGUUGACAAAGUUCAAUUAUGAGAAUACAGUUGUUAAUUUGGAACACUAUGGACAGGCUAAACCUCCGGUGUACAAUAUAUCAAAUAUACCGGAUAAUCUUUCACUCUUUUUAAGUUAUGGAGGAAAAGACUCAUUGUCUGAUGUUAAAGAUGUUCAGCUUUUACUUGAUGAUCUUAAGUUUCACAAUGGUGACAAGUUAGUUGUUCAUUAUGUUGAGGAUUUUGCACAUGCUGAUUUUGUGAUGGGAGUCGAUGCGAAAGAGAUGGUCUAUAAUGCAGUAAUCAGUUUUUUCGAUCGACAAUAAACAUAUAUAUACUGUUUAAUAAAUUGUACUUUCUUUGGACAA